CAGCGAGAAUACCGGGAACAACGGGAACAGCAGGACACCGAGAACACCGGGAACACGGGGGCUGCCAGAAACACCGGCGCUACCGAGGUUGCCGGGAACACCGGGAACCCCGGGACACCGGGAGCAGCGGGACACCGGGACUGCCGGUCCCGCGGAGCCGGGAUCGGGGUUCCCGGCCCGGUUUGAGACGCGCCCCGGCACUGGGAGCGCUGCUCAGGCUGGGAGCGGCCAUGGGGGACACGCCUGGAGCCGGAUCCCUGCGGAGCCUCGUCCAGCUCGCCUGGCUGUGCCUCUUCUCCUCCGUGCCGCACGGCGGGGCCAAGGUGCUGGAGAAGACCUUCGAGGAGUGGCUGCGGUACCGUGACGAGUGCCUGAGGAGGAUGGCGAGCGAGCCCUACCCGGCAGGGCUGUUCUGUAACAGGACAUUUGACAUGUACGCCUGCUGGCCCGACGGGAGCCCCGGCACCGCCGUCAACGUCUCCUGCCCCUUCUACCUGCCCUGGUUUGAGAAAGUGAAACACGGGCUGGUGAGCCGCAGGUGCGGCACCGACGGCCAGUGGGUGACCGUGAACGGCAGCCAGCCCUGGAGGGACUAUUCCCAGUGCGAGGAUGAGCUGGAGGUCACCGCUGAGGAGGAAGGCGCCCGCCGGCUCAUGGUGAGCUUCAAGGUGCUCUACACCGUGGGCUACUCGCUGUCGCUGCUCACCCUCAUCUCCGCCCUGCUCAUCCUCACCGCCUGCAGGAACCUGCGCUGCACCAGGAAUUACAUCCACGCCAACCUGUUCGCCUCCUUCGGCCUGCGCGCCACCUCGGUGAUGGUGAAGGACGCGCUGCUGGAGCGGCGCUGGGGCGUGGAGCUGGUGCAGGUGGCGGACUGGGAGGCUCUGCUGAGCCACGAGGCAGCGCUGGGGUGCCGUGCAGCACAGGUGCUGAUGCAGUACUGCAUCCUGGCCAACCACUACUGGUUCCUGGUGGAAGCUGUCUACCUCUACAAGCUGCUCAUCGGGGCUGUGUUCUCCGAGAAGAAUUACUACAGGCUCUACCUCUACCUGGGCUGGGGGACCCCCGUGGUGUUCGUGGUGCCCUGGAUGGCUGCCAAGUACCUGAAGGAGAACGCGGAGUGCUGGGCCCUGAAUGAGAACAUGGCUUACUGGUGGAUCAUCCGCAUCCCCAUCCUGCUCGCCUCCCUGAUCAACCUGCUCAUCUUCAUGAGGAUCCUCAAGGUGAUCCUGGCCAAGCUCCGCGCCAACCAGAAGGGCUACGCCGACUACAAACUGAGGCUGGCCAAAGCCACCCUGACCCUCAUUCCCCUCUUUGGGAUCCACGAGGUCGUUUUCAUCUUCGCCACAGACGAGCAAACCACGGGCAUCCUGCGCUACAUCAAGGUGUUCUUCACCCUCUUCCUCAACUCCUUCCAGGGCUUCCUGGUGGCUGUGCUGUACUGCUUUGCCAACAAGGAGGUGAAGUCUGAGAUGAAGAAGAAGUGGCAGCUCUGGAAGCUCGACCACCCGGUGCUCUGCUGUGCCCAGUGAGGGGGUGACAGCCAGGGCAGAGGGGCUGCAGGGAGCUGUGCUGGGCAGUGCCCACCCGGGAUGGCCAGGCUGGCACGGGUGUCUGGCUGUGCCACACGGGAGCUGCUGGAAGGGACAUCCCUGCUGUGACCCGAGGGGAGGUGGCACCCCUGGCUCUUGCCUGGCAUUGCUAUGUGGGCAGCCCUGCUGCUUCUCCCCUGCCUGGCAGCCUCCCCAGGACACCUCCCACACACAGGGAGCCCCUGGACACCCACACCGCCCUGGGCACCUGUGGGACCACAGCGGGCAGGGGCAGCCUGGCCCUGCAGGGGCAAUGGGAGAUGCUGCCACACCCUGGGCCACAGCACAGCCUGUCCCUGUCCCCGUGUCCCAGCCCAGGACCAUCUCAGCAGGCAUCCCCAGCCACCCUGUGAAGCUCUGCACAGCGAGGGGCUGCUCCUGCUCCCACCCUCAUCACUGACACAGAGCAGCAGCUCCCAUCCCCUCCUCG